AGGUACUUCGUACCUACCUUACCUCUUCAGCACCUUUUCACUAAAAAAGGAAAGCGGUAAGAUGAUUUUACCGAUACUGCCCACGUACCCCGUGCAGCAGUGCGGGCAAGCUUUCAAAGUUUCUUAUUUCUUGACCAAAAACAUCCACCUUUUAUUUCAAUGUUACAUUGCAAGCUACCAAGAUGUCCGUCCAUGUUAAUCACCACUUUCAAUAGUGUAGUUUUGUUGUAAUUCGAAACGGAGGACGGCAUAAUUCGUCUUCCCGCAAUGAUGCGUCUCGAAAUCUUUGAUACUGGAUAAUAGAGGCGAAAUGUCUCGCAACGCCGCUCCUUCGCCCUCGGCGCCGCGUCGAGCUACGCAAUGGACUUCGCAUUUGCGACAGUUCAGCAGAUCCAGUCUUGACAGGACCUCGACCGACUCGCCCCUAUCUUCAGAUAAUAUAUCCGUUCAUUCGACCCCUCGAGAUCAGUUGCCUUCGAAGCGAAUAAAUGAACGAAUAUGCUGCGUCACUAUUAACGAGUCCGUCAUUAGUGACGAGGUUCUCUUGAAUCUUGAUAUGUUCGGAGGUACUGUGCAGCCCGGAGCCUUAAUGUCCAUCGCUCUUAUGAAAUCCGAUCAGGACAGGAUGCAAGGAUCGCAGUAUGGGACUUUUAGACAGGCGUCUUAUCACCGAGGAUUUAUGGCUGCUACUCCCACCGAUGAUAUUCCUAAACCCGAAAUCGAUGCCGGUCGAAGGUAUGUCUUUGUCGCAAAGGAUAUACCUAGGGAACUAAAAGCUAGGCAUCCUAAUAUAGAGGUAUACGUCUCGAAACAGAUUGGCGCCGCAUUUAAUAUGCGAAAGGGGACACAAGUGCUGCUUGCUCCGGUCGACAAGCUUUCCCCCGCCGUCGAAGCCUCUCAUGUCGAGCUCACAUUUAAGGACAUGUAUUUGUCCCGUGCAGACAUGUGGAGACUUGCAGUCGCCGACUUAACAGAUCGAACUGUGUAUAAGGGCCAAGUGGUAUACUUUCUGGGAACGAUCAAGGCAACUGUCAGUACCGUCUUCGUUGAAGGUCGCAAGGUCCAUUCUGCCUUCUUCAGCCGAAACACUCGCCCUAUCUUUCGUAGUGAAUGCGCUAGAUACGUCUUGUUCAUACAGAUGGCAAGAGAAAUGUGGGAUUUUGACUCUGAUGGUUCGGGUGAGAUCAUGUUCUACAAGGUUGUGAACGGAUUUUUGCCAGCCCUCUUCAAAAAAUGGAGGAUGAUGCAAGUAAAGCAUAUUGUCAGUAUUGUACUCUUCGCAAGGGUCGAAUACGAUGUUGGGCUGACUACGGAGCUCGCAAAUUCGGCUAUUGACAAUGAUUAUUAUACCGGCUUUCAAACGUCCGGAGAGAGACGUCCGUUUAAAGACUUCUAUCGCGUUGUUGUGAGUGAGAUGUCUAGUGGCGAAUGGACUAAGAUAUUGCACCAAUUGAAGAUGGAAUUUAACGUCUUCCGUCGUGAUAUUAGCCUCCAUCAUCGAAACGCCAUGGACAACGUGGAUAUCCCCGAGGACUCGUCGGUAAAAGGCACUUCUUCUAGCAAGAUUAAAGCAGUGUCAUCUCUGGCCAUGUACGGAAAUUUCCUCGAAGCCAUCAACCUAGCAUCAUCAUUGUAUGCCCAUGAUUAUAUAGAUCGAGACCUCGUCCGCACUGGAAUUUCUAUUGUAAUUAUCAGCCCAGGUCCAGGCGUCUUUGAAGUGGAAUAUGAGUCCUUACGCCGGACGACAGAAGCUCUAGUUGGUAAUGGGAUUGGCAUCGAUCUAAUAUGUAUCCCAAACAUACCACUGCAUUCUGUCCCUCUGUUUCGCUACCGAAAUCCUCAUUUUCUCGAGGCAAACCAAAGAUCACAGCCCCAACCUGUUAGGAGUCCCGGGAGUACGCCGAAGCAGCCUGUGCUUUUGGCUAGUAGUUAUACGACCUUGGGCGAAUCCGCGUCUCCAAUAAAAGCGGCCGAUCCGGCCAACUCUACCUUGUAUACUGAUGAGUGGGCAUUUGCUGUACCACAAUGGCUGCAUAUUUCUUACUGGACAGGGAAGUCGGAAGAAGCUUUAUCUUUCCAAGGCAUCACCUUGUCUGCCUCGAGCCAAUCUCCCAGUGAUUGCCGAGACGACUUCACGAUUCGAUGUAGGCUCUACGACCUCCAAAUGAGGAGCGUGCUCGAAACUAACGAGAUUGAGACCACGCCGUUACGCGCUGAUUCCGCUUAUCCGAACACCAUAGGUAAGUGGGAAAAUGACAAGCGACUCCUUAGGGGUGAUACCCGUAUACCGCACCCCGUUGGGAAUCGGAGAGUACCUGAAACCUUGUUCGAGCCUGUCUAUGGCUUCCUGAAAUUCAUUCCGGAAAAGUUAACGAAGAAUGGAGAAACAUUACUAUGGAAAUAUCUGCAGAAUUUCGACGAGACAAGGGCCCGGCUUCCAGCGCAUCGACCUCUACCAUCAAAUCAUCCUUUUCGAGAACUGGAAGAUGUCAACUUGUUCGGGACUUCAAUAGGAGAAAGUAGAGCAGCGGGGUCGUCGACUGGGCUUUCUUCAAGUGUCGCAUCAUCGAACAGGACUGGACCAGAGGGAUUUGCAUCUGCGACUGUUUCGCGGCGUAACUCUACGACCCAGCCUAAGCAAGUAUCGAUACGGCCACCAAAGUUUAUGAGGCAGAUUAGUCUAGGUCAGCGCGGAUUUGGUAUUGCAGCUCCCAAACUAGCUACGGCCGAAUUAAGGACGGAAAACGUCACUCGAAUGGACGCUCCUGGCCCCGGACUUCAAACCCCUUCAACCCCUAGAAUGUCGCCAAUGACGCCUAUCAGGUCUGCAGUACGACCAGGCUCCUCGAAGGCAGCAAGCACGGGGAACAUUUUACAAGCCAUCGACCAAGCCGACUCUAUGAUGGAACUUUUGCAGGCAACACCGAGCCGCCCUAUCCAAAUCAGGAACCCUGUGCAAGCCUUAGAUCCCAUUAGUACACUGAGGUCCGGCCAGAUACCAGCUACACCGGUAGCUAGGAGUGCACGACCUGAUGAUAGGGAUCUGAGAUAUUCUAACGCUCUUAGAGAAGAGGACCAAAAAAGGUUGUAUAAUUCCAAGUUACGAGCAGGGGGUGUGCCGGAGUUACCGUCUACGCUCUCGCCAACCACUGCCAUGGCGCCCUGGCUGGUUGUUCUCAACCCGUCGAACCCAGACGUGAAUAGAGUCGACGAUUCUAUUUUGUUUAGUCGGUGGCAGCAUGUUUUCCCACGGCCGUCCGAGAUGAAAGUCAUGAAAUGGAAGUCUUUAUCAUAUCCUGCGGCCGUACCGUUGACGACUGAAUACUUCCCAACGCAAGCACAAUUCAACACCGAAUACCAACGGCAGCCGUACAACAUCUCGCAGGAAACAGAAGAUGAGGGUACGGAUCAGCCUAGAUCACGCGUAGAGUUCCUAAGAGAGCUUGUUAGUGCUCGGUUUGCUCAUGGGUUCCAAGUCGUGAUCAGUUCGUCUGUGGCUAGAGCGUUUAAUCACAAGCAUGUGAGAAUCGCGGACGUCUUCUCAAUAGAUAAAACUGUCGAUGACGGUACAAGCAUAUUCAUGAGCGUCGGGAACACAAUCCAUCAACUAUCGUGUGUUAACGGCACUGAAGUUGAAGUUAAUAUUUACGUUCGGAAACCAACCGAGUCAUUGUCACAGGUUGACCAAACAACCAUAUAUAGGCCUGCCAUUCAAACUCUACUUGAUGAUACAUACCAUACAGUCAAUGUCGAUAUUAUGACCCCAAAACCAGAGCGAAACUGGAAUUACAUCGAUUCGUACCUCGCCGGGCACACUGACGAAAUGACUGAAAACCUCAGGUUUUGGCGGGCUCGUUUCGUGCUUAUACCAAUGUAUCCCCGGACAUCCUCAGCUCCGACGGCCCGGAAUGAAUAUGAUGAGGAGGAAGUGCGUCUUGAGGGUAUUAAAAGACUGGCUCAACUCUGGCAACGGCACCGGUUCUUAUCACCUUCGGAACGCCAGUUCCAAAGUUCUGGUGCGAAGAAGCGAGACCCCAACCCUCUUGACAUCGUCUACAAGACCGAAGAUCCGUCUGUAGUAAUUGCGGCUGAGAUGGAGACAUUGCCACUGUUCGAGAACGUCGAGUCAACUAAUCGCAAGGGCCUGGUGUCGAACAAGGAGCGGUUUUCAAAAUCUAACUUCAAUGUCGCCGCUCUAGCAGAAGCAAUCCAGCAGCCGGUUGAACUAGGUGGAAUUCGAAUGCAAACGCGGCGGUGGCAUUUUCGAAUUCAUUACCACUGUUUUAUUGGAUCAGAUAUGACGACCUGGCUGCUGGAUAACUUUGAAGACCUUGAGAGCCGGGAAGAGGCGGUCGAACUUGGAAAUUCUUUGAUGGUCCUUGAAGAUGAUAAGUCUAAAGAUAGGGAUAGGGAGGCUGGGAAAGACGCGAAGAAGGAUCGCGACCGUGGCAUUUUCAUCCACGUCGAGAGGAGACACCCUUUUCGUGAUGGCCAAUUCUUUUAUCAAAUAGUUUCCGAGUAUGCGAAACCCCAUCCACAGGGUUGGUUCAACGCGAGGAGACGAGAUAUUUCUGUUCCAUCAACACCUUUAUCAGAGAACCCCCCGAAGGAUUCACCACGACCCAAUCAAAUGGCAGCCCAAAGACCCCUAUCAAUCCAAGAGGAAAACUCUCCAAUCUCGGGUAGUACGACACCCACCUUGGGAACAACCGGCGGGAAGCGGCCCAAGGUUGUUCUCAGCAAGAUGAUGAAAUACGACGUGGAUCAUCGCAAGAAGUCUUACCGCCCUGAGAGGAUAAACUUGCAUUAUGAUAGACUUCACAAUCCUGAUAAUUGCUACCACAUACGUAUCGAUUGGAUGAAUGUCACGGCGAAGCUCAUCGAAGACGCCCUUAAGUCUUGGGCUGCAAUUGCUGUACAGCACGGCCUUCGUCUUAUUGAAGUUCCAAUUGCAGAGGCUUGUCGUAUCACAGAGGUUAAUCCAUUCCGGAGACCCUACCGAAUCAAGCUUGCAUUACCACCUCCCACCCAACGUCCCGUAACAUAUUACGACCCAAAUUCGUUUGGCCCGCAGACGCAGCCGGGAAAGUUCUAUUAUCAAAAGGCCUUACUGCGGAAGUUCGACUAUGUACUUGACGUCGAGGCUGCCUCCGAUUUUCCAAGCAACGUCGACGUCAGCUAUUCUUGGGGUAAGCCCGAUUUUAAGUAUUGCCAAUAUAUCCAUCGUACAGGCAUGACGUUGGUACAGAUCACUGAUGAUGGGGACUUUUUGAUUCUGGCCAACAGGCUGUGCUGGUAUCGGGCGGCUGAACCCCAAUCCGCCCAAGCACGCUUUGAGGCGGUGUCAAACGAUCGCGUCUCACGCCUUGUUAGUGCAAAUGCGUACUCGAGCUAUGGUAUAGCCGAGCCCACGCCCAUCGCAUCGCCAAUUUUUAGGCCUGCACUCUUUGCGCCUCGGCCACCUCCGGAGCCAUCAAGUACCGCUGGUAAGGAGCCCACAACAUCAGCUGAUUAUAGCAUUGGGAAGCAUGAGGCCCUUAAAGACAAACUGGAAGCGUUCUGUAGCGAUUCGAAAGCUCUUGACGCGUUCUAUAAAGAAACGCUUGAAAAGGGGGUAACUGGUACACCUAUGGUCGGAGCGUCACUUGGUCCUGAUACUGUACCUGACGCUAAUAUUCCAACGCUCGUUCUUGGGGGUAAUGCAGAGACUGGUACCGUCGCUAACCCCAAGCCGGCACUCAACCUAGCGGGCUCGCUGCUUUUCAGGCGAGGAAGUGUCCAAUAUUAACAUGUACGAUUCAAUGCUUUUUUUCUCUUUGAUCUAGGCACGGAAAGGGAGAUACUUCCUACUAAGUUAGGUUUAAGGCAUAGAAUAGCAGUGGCUCACUCCAGAAAAGAGAUGCUUCUAUUACAUGGCGCAAUGUCUUCUCUCCCCUGUUGGGAACAUCCUGUAAUCACUAGGAAUAUUUGUAAUCUUGGUCGAGGCUUACGAGCGUUAUAUGUAGGACUAAGCUUUCCAGAAUAGCUAUAGGUGUGUCGAUGAGCGGUGAGUUGUUGACCACGACUGGUCAAUUCUCCCAAAAGCGACUUGGCGCAGUAAUAUAGGAUCUUCGGGUCGUAUACGUUCAGAGGCACCGCCUCAUGGCAGUUGUUAAUUCGCUGCCCCUGGAAAGGCUAAUGCAACCAGCAUCGCCCGGUUGGUAUGUUUGUAUGUACUAUGUACCUCAAGGCACUGCAUCCUCAUGGGUUCUUCCGAAUAAAUUAUAUGUCAAGGCA